AAUAGGGUAGUUUUCCAUCUUGUGCAAUGUUUGUUGUAUAUAUAUGUCUAAGUUGAGCAGCCAAAUGCAACGUGCCAGAUGACGACUUUGCUAGCGAAACACAGAAUGUGACCUAUAAGCAUAGAUAGUACCACCAUGAAUAAGGUCUUUUCAAGGUUGAAAGAUGACGUACUAAUUAGGUCUGUGACAGUUGAAGCUGUGAUAGCAGUUCCCGGAAAAACUAGGUAAACACUAGCUUGCGUUACACUGACUCGACUUCCUUAUCAGCCACCACUUAAGAUCCAUGUCAAACAAAGACAGUGCCAAGUUCAACCUUUGGCUUUCCCGCCUAAACUACGCUACAGUGACCGCUUGACACUAGGAGUAUUUCAAAAGUACUCCAAGCAAUGCGUUAAAGAUGUCUGAAAAAUCCCAAGAGCCCAGCGACAAUGUUCCCUUGCGGUCUGCUUUGCCAGUUACUGCUAAACAAUCUGACAAGGAGGCAAGAAGUGGACUUUUUCUAAGCAAGUCAAAAAUGGCCCUCGUGGCUGCCCUGAUUAUCAUCUUGAUCGUCGUCAUAAUAGUGUUGGCAGUGUUGUUUGGCAUCGCCAAAGCUAAACUACACCGUGAAGAAAGAGAUCGUGAAAAGGGUACCGAGCCAUCCACAGGAAUAACGACCCCCAUUGUCCCCACCACCCCUGGUACUGAGGCAUGGUGGAAUCCACGUCUACCUACGAACAUCAUCCCCAAACAUUACAACCUGUUUCUGAACAUCACUGUUGACCUGCCUCGAUUUGAUGGUCGUGUUGGGAUUGAUAUCGAGGUCAACAACAAGACUGAUCUUAUCAUCCUGCACAAUAAUGGCUUGAAUAUCUCGUCAGUGCAAGUACUCAAUAAAUCAGGAAAAGCAACUAUGCUGCGACUCAGUUCGAGGCCAUAGACGCUCGUAGAGCAUUUCCUUGCUUCGACGAACCCGCCCUUAAAGCCACGUUCAAUGUAUCGAUCGGUCAUCGAUCUGAUUACGUCGCACUGUGUAACAUGCCCAUCUACAAGACUGAAACGAUAAAUGGCGGACAGAGGAUUGAUUACUACAAAAAGACCGUUAUCAUGCCAACGUAUCUAUUAGCAUUUGUAGUAGGGGACUUUAAAUAUGUGGAGACGAUUAGCAAGAACAACAUCAAGCUUAGAUACUACAGUCGGCCAUCUUUCUUAAAUAAAACGCAACACUCAGUCAGUGUUGGAGGGAAGAUCAUGAGUUUCUUUGAAGAUCACCUUGGCGUGCGAUAUACACUGCCUAAAGAAGACCAAGUUGCCAUCCCCGACUUUGGUCCAGGAGCCAUGGAAAACUGGGGUCUUAUCUUAUAUCGAGAGUCAUUGUUGUUAUGGGACCCUAGAGAAUCAACUGAGCAGGACAAACAAUUGAUAUCAUCAGUCAUAACCCAUGAACUUGCACAUCAGUGGUUCGGCAACAUAGUGACCCUCAAAUGGUGGAAUGAAAUAUGGCUCAAUGAAGGCUUUGCAAAGUUUUUUGAAUAUCCGGGGAAAGAAGUUGCUGAACCUGCUUGGAAGACGCAAGACGCCAUGAUAUCCAGCAUCAUGAGGAAAUCAUUUGAUUUUGAUGGCAAAGCAUCGUCUAAUCCAGUCAGACCUCCAGUACACAAUGGCAUGAAGGGAAUGGCUGGGGUCACUUACUACGAUAAGGGUGCUUGUGUUCUCAGAAUGCUUCAGGCAUUCCUUGGAGAAGACGCUUUUCUCGAAGGAUUAAAGAUCUAUUUGAAAAGACAUGCCUUUGCAAACGCCGUAUCAGAUGACCUAUGGAGAGCACUCACUGAGGCUAGCUGUGCACGUGGGCAGUGCGUGUAUGUCAAGCAAAUCAUGGAUACAUGGAUAGUACAGAUGGGUUACCCUGUGGUGACGUUCAAGAAAAUCAACUCAACUCACUAUUUAGUCAGUCAAACUCGCUUCCUUUUUGACGACACUGCUAACGUAACAGAUACAGUUUAUAAGUCACCAUUCGGGUACUCAUGGGUAAUUCCUUUCACUUACGUCAUCAAAAGCCAAGCUGGGCAUCAUCUAUCUUGGAUGAACUUGUCAUCAGUCGUCAUUCCCUGGGAUGGUCGUGGAUGGAUCAAAGCAAACACAAACUACAAAGGGUUUUACAUCACCAACUACGAAGAGAGCAACUGGAAAGCACUCGCGAAACAGCUGAAUGAUAAUCACACGGUGUUCAGUCCUUCUGAUAGAGCCGGUCUUCUGAUGGAUGCAUUUAACUUAGCACAUGGCAAUAAACUCAACUUAUCUACAGCCGUCAGUAUCACUGAGUACAUGACAAAAGAAACAGAAUACGUCCCUUGGAAAGUUUUAUUUCAACAAGCUGAUAAGGUCAAAGAUAUUUUAUCGCAAACAAGUAACUCCUACAAAUAUUUUAUGAAAUACCUAGUAUUUCUUGGACAAAAGGAAUACGAUAGACUUGGACUAAACGACGUUGGUGGAACAAUAGACAAAUAUAUGAGAAGUGAUUUCUUGAAGCUUUUUUGUCAAGCUCAAGUCAAGUCUUGUAUCAAUAAUGCAACAGAAAGUUUCAAGGCGUGGAUAAAGAAUCCAAAAACUAACUCCAUUCCACCAAACCAAAGAAGCUAUUACCUCUACCAUGGUAUUGCGCAAAGUGGUGUAGAGGAAUGGGACUUUCUUUUCAGCCAGUACAACAAAACAAAACAUGAGGGAAAUAAAAGAAAAAUUCUGUUUGGUUUGGCUGCAUCUAGUGAAGCCUGGAUCAUAGAGAGGUAUUUGUCGUAUGCACUUCUUUCUGGAACGUUUGGCAAAGAGGACAUUAGAGUGCUCAUAUAUAUCGCUAAAUACAACCCGUUUGGCAGUCAGUUGGCGUGGAGCUUCGUUCGUGCUAACUGGAAAAGAUUAGUCACACGAUACAAAGACGCUGCAACGACCUAUAUGAAGCUCGUAGCUCCGAUUGCGGAUACCUUCAACAGUCCUUUUGGUCUGGUCGAGGUUCAAAGGUUUAACAAAGAGGUGAAGGUUAACCCUAUUUAUAGUGCUGUUGUAGAGGGAGGAAUCAAAAAGCGCAUACAAUGGCUACAAAAGAACGAAGGGGACCUCGAAACUGCGCUGGAGCAGCUACUCCAAAAAYACAACCAAAUAUCACCAUCUCUGGCAUAAAAGUCUGAAACAAGAAGUCAUUUUGUUACUUGAGUGUUUGAGAGCGGUUUUCGUAAUAUGAAUGGGAAGCGUUAUAUUACGGCAAAAUUAUGGCCGUGUCGUAGUCGUACCGUAUCUUAUCGUAAACUUAACUUCGUGUUGUCAUUGGACGAAUUUCUAGGAGAAAAUGAGAAACCAUUUCAGUGUUCAAGGCAUGCCGUACCGUGCACGUGCUGAAGGCAGUAAUGUAUGUUUCCUAGUCAUAACGAAAACCGCUCUAAAGAUGUGUUAAUAUAAGUAAAGUGUAGCUCUUGACAGCAACGAGUAGGAAUUAGGCAAUUAGUAUUUGUCGCGCAAGACUUUAGGUAGAUAUUAAUUUUUUAUAUAAAUUAAAUAUAGAGCUAGAGAAAAUACUGAAAAACUAAGUGGACUAAAAGCUCUUCUUAUCAACCUCAUGGCAGGCAGCAUCAUAAACGAAGGUCAAACCAAAAAAGCAACUCGUGUUUUUCCGAAUGGAAAUUGCUUAUUUAACUGCAAAUGUAAGCGAAAAGGAAGAUUACUGAUCGAGGCUUUGAAUGCAAGAGGGAUAGAAAAAACAACAACAAUGCAAUCAAAUCCACUUCCACCUUAAAAAGUUUCAAUAUUGUAUUCCACGCCAUGCCAUACCACCAAGACACCCGAAGUUUCGUAUGGACUUCUGCCCGAUAUAACAGCAUCAAAUUAAGACCGAUUCGUCCUUAAUGAAUGUACGGAUUACGCAGCAUAAUGUUCUAUAUAUCCCGAAGGUACCAGAGGAGAGAUUAGCCGGCCCCCAUAACUCAUCUACAAUUAACCCUGUUAAAUGGAAAAUAAUGUAAUCUAUCCAAUGAAGUCAAGUCCGGUUCAGAGAGGUUUGUACCUGGAUGGGUGACAUAAAACUUAUACCUACUCAAAAGUUUAUCUUUAUAGAUUUUUAAUAAGAUAAAUUAUGGAUACAGAACUCUGAUGUUUUUUUUACGAUUCGCCGAUAGUAUAACCGAUUUCUGUGUCUAURCCCAAAAUCGCUUUGCCCAGACUCCGCGCGGCAGUUAAGCACCCAGUUCCCUAUAUUUACCGAGAUAUGUAGUAGUAUUUUCUGUAUUAUACUCAUCAUUAAAGUUUUUUCUUGUGUGUGUGUA